GUAGAACUAAAUUGAAAUGAUCCAAGGCAUCCAAGGAUCCAAGCCAAAAGCUUUCUUUGAUUUUUGAUCAUAUUUUUGAUUCCAAGAUGAUUCCAAGAAAUAAAUAAUGUGUGUUCUGUAAUCAUAAAAUACAAAUUAUGUGAUACAAAAUACAUUGCAAAAUACGAAUGCGAAAGUGAUUUGUCGUGUUUUCCACCCAUUUUGAAAAUCAAUUUUAUAAAUCUUGUGUUUAAUAAAUAUAUGUCUUUAAAAUUGUUUGAAUUAAGAAGCAAACAUGUCGAAAAACAAUAAGAACUUGCUAGAUUGGAAGAAACGUGUAAAACAAGAAUAUUUGCGUUUAAGACAACAAAAAAGAUAUAAAAGAGCCGACGAUGUAAAAGUAGCAUGGAAUAAGAACAGGGAUAAAAUGUCUGAAACCUUAAUUUCUGAACAGAAAAGGUGGUCUGAAAGUAGAGCGUUUUGGGUUCCAAGUCCCGAUCUACCUGCCCAUGCAACUUGCAUGAAGAAGGCUGAAGUAAUUGGAAAUGAGGGAGAAAUUCAAGUAACAGCAAUAAAAAUAAUUAAUGCUGUUACACCAAUACCUACCAUGUAUACGUGGGCACCUAUCCAGCAAAAUUUUAUGGUUGAAGAUGAAACAGUACUUCAUAAUAUUCCUUAUAUGGGAGAUGAAAUUUUGGAUCAAGAUGGAACAUUUAUUGAAGAACUGAUUAAAAACUAUGAUGGAAAAGUACACGGCGAUCAAGAAUCAGGCUUUAUUGAUGAUGAACUCUUUGUGGAAUUAGUACACGCUUUAAUGCAGUUUCAAGAUAAAUCUGAUAAAAUAGAAGACAAAAAACCAGAUAAGAAGAAAGACGAUACAGAAAAGAAGGAAUCGGAUUGGGAUAAUAAAGAGGAAUUGGAAUUUCCAUCCUUUGUGAUUUUUCAAACCAUUUCAGCACAAUUUCCAGAUAAAGGUGGUCCGGAGGAGCUUAGAGAUAAAUAUAUUGAAUUAACUGAGAGAACUGAUCCAAACGCUCCUCCUGAAUGUACUCCAAAUAUAGAUGGACCAAAUGCUGCAUCAGUUCCUAGGGAACAGACUAUGCACUCCUUUCAUACUCUGUUUUGUAGAAGGUGUUUUAAAUACGAUUGUUUUUUACACAGGUUGCAGGCAUGUCAUCCAGGACCAAAUCUACAAAAACGACGUGGUCCAGAUUUAAAGCCUUUUAGUGAACCUUGUGGUGCUGAGUGUUACAUGCUGUUGGAAGCUGUAAAAGAGAAAAUGGCGGCGAAAGCCAAGCAGGAAGAGGAUUUCGAAAAGGCAGAAAAGGAAAAGGAACAAGAGAGAGACAAGAAAAGAAAAUCGUUAGGCGAGGGAAGCGACACGCGAAAUAGUUCCGGGUCCAGUAGCUUAAAUCCCAGAAAAAUUUGCAAACAAACUAGUUUAGAUUCGGGCAACGAGGCUAGUUCUGAAGACAGCAACGAUAGCAAUAAGGACUGCGAGAACGGAGAUCCAGUGUCGACCACCACGUCCUUUAGCUUACUAGGUUUGAUGGGGUCCAAUGAUCAUAAUGAAUGGACUGGUGCAGACGAGAGUUUAUUUAGAGCAUUGCAUAAAGUGUUUGUCAAUAAUUAUUGUGCCAUUGCACAAAUAAUGUUGACGAAGACAUGUCAGCAGAUAUACGAUUUCGCACAGAAGGAAGCUGCCGACAUUCCGGCCGAAGAAGCCAUGCGAGAUUACACGCCACCUCGCAAGAAGAAGAAGAAGCACCGUUUGUGGUCGAUGCAUUGCCGCAAAAUUCAACUGAAGAAAGACUCCAGCAGCAACCACGUGUACAACUUCACCCCCUGCGACCAUCCCGGUCAGAACUGCGAUAACAAUUGCCCCUGCAUCGGAGCACAGAAUUUCUGUGAGAAGUUCUGCCAGUGUAGUUCUGAUUGUCAGAAUAGGUUUCCCGGGUGCCGAUGCAAGGCCCAGUGCAACACUAAACAGUGUCCCUGUUAUCUGGCCGUCAGGGAAUGUGACCCGGACCUGUGUCAGACUUGUGGCGCUGACCAAUUUGAUGCCACCAAAAUCACCUGCAAAAAUGUUAGCGUACAGAGGGGCCUACACAAACAUUUGUUAAUGGCACCCUCCGAUGUUGCCGGCUGGGGCAUUUUUCUGAAGGACAGCGCACAGAAAAACGAGUUUAUCUCUGAAUAUUGCGGCGAGAUCAUAUCUCAGGACGAGGCAGACCGCAGGGGAAAGGUUUAUGAUAAAUAUAUGUGCAGUUUCCUGUUUAAUUUAAAUAAUGAUUUUGUGGUGGACGCUACCAGAAAAGGAAACAAGAUUCGUUUCGCCAAUCAUUCCAUUAAUCCGAAUUGUUACGCAAAAGUGAUGAUGGUGAACGGUGACCACAGAAUCGGAAUUUUUGCCAAACGAGCUAUCCAGCCUGGAGAGGAACUCUUUUUCGACUACAGAUAUGGACCUACCGAGCAACUAAAAUUUGUCGGUAUUGAGCGAGAAAUGGAGUUUUUGUAGAUAUUGUAGGAUUUAAUUUAGUUUUAUAUGGAUUUUUAAAAUAUAUACUCUUAUAAAUAAAAC